GCCGCGUGUGUCCCCGCGUGCCCGCGUCCGCCUCCGCGCGUACCGCAGCCUGCUGGCACUCCUCCGCGCCUCCAGGGGGCGCCAGAGGCUCUAGCGCGCCUCAAAGGGAGUUCUGGAGACCCCUCUCACCAGCGGCGCCGCCGUAGCCAUAGCGACGCCACCGACGCCAUGGCCGCCGCGGAGCCGCUGUCGCCCGCCGAGGCCGAGGCGCUGGUGCGGGCCUUGCGUGGCACCGAGCUGCGGGACGCCGGCGGGAAAGGGUGGCUUCGGCAGCAUGAGUGUGUGGAGAAGCUGAACAUGCACGCCAUCCUGAGUGCCUCUGCCGGCCAGGAGCAGCUCCUCAUCGAGCUGCUCGUCAGCCAUGCCAAGAUUCCUGUUCUCGUCGGAGAGCUGAUCUCAGCGGAGCUCUGGAAGCACAAGGUCUUUCCCGUGCUGUGCCGGCUUGAGGAUUUCCACCCACGCAGCACCUUCCCCAUCUACGUGGUGCUGCAUCACGAAGCCUCCAUCAUCAACCUCCUGGAGACAGUGUUUUUUCACAAGGAGAUCUGUGAGUCGGCAGAGGACAGCAUUCUGGAUUUAAUCGAUUACUGCCAUCGAAAACUGACCCUGCUCGCAGCUCGAAGUGCCAGCGGACAGGCAGUGACCCAGCAGGAGCUCCGUCCCAAGGAGCUGCCCAGUCCUUCGUCCAUGCAGGAGCUGCAGAAGCAGGCGGAGAUGAUGGAGUUUGAGAUUUCCCUAAAAGCGCUGUCCGUGCUGCGGUUCAUCACUGACCAGGUGGGCAGUUUGCCCCUGAGCGCGCUGACACGGAUGCUGAACACCCACAACCUGCCCUGCCUCCUCGUUGAGCUGGUGGAGCACUGCCCGUGGAGCUGCCGUGAAGCAGGCAAGUUCAAGAAGUUUGAGAAUGGCACAUGGCACGUGGUGCCCCCUGAAGACCAGAUGAAGAUGACUAAGCUUGAUGGGCAGGUGUGGCUCACCCUCCUCAACCUCCUGCUCAGCCCAGAAUGCCAGCACAAAUACCACUUUGAUGGCUUCAACAAGAGCCAGCUCCUUAAGCUCCGUGCAUUCCUGACAGACGUCCUCCUGGACCAGCUGCCCAACCUGGUGGAGAUGCAGAGAUUUCUGAGCCACCUGGCAGUGACAGAGCCAGCUCCUCCAAAGAAGGAUCUUGUUCUGGAGCAGGUGCCUGUCAUCUGGGACCACAUCCUCAAGAAGAACACGGGCAAGUGGGAGGCCAUCGCCAAGCACCAGGUGAAGCACGCCUUCAGCCCCACCGAGGAAGAGCUGAAGCUGCAGGCACGCAGGUGGGCGCAGACAUACAGCCUGGACGUGCUGGAGGCCCUCGCCCCUGACAAACCCCGGUGCCGGGUGUGCGGUGUGGAGGCGGCCAAGCGGUGCUCUCGCUGCAGGAAUGAGUGGUACUGCACACGGGCAUGCCAGAUCCAGCACUGGCAGAAGCACCGCACCGCCUGCGACCUGCUGGCCCGGGCGUCGGGCAGUGCAGGUACACUGUGAGCAGGGCUGACCUGCAGCACGGCAAGGCCCGGCUCUCCUUGGAGAAAAGCCCUGUAGCAGCACACAGGCAGGCUCACAGCCCUUCUCCCCAGUAGCCUCAUAGGGCUCAGCCUCCCUGUCACCACCCCCCCUCCUACUGCACCCUGCGGGAGCUCGGCUCCCCCUCUUGUCUUCUCUUUGAAGACAAUAAACCACUUCCUUCCCUCCCUCA